UGCAUUUGAAAUCAUCACAGUCGUCUUAAGUAAGUUAAGUUUUCACCUAAUAGAGACUCAGUCAAACUUUGGAAGUAUCGUUCAAGUAUGCGUAGAGGUAGACUGAGCAGUCUCCGUUUCAACGAUGGAAAAGCCGCAAAUUUUGAUAUACUCUGAGCAGUCUCUAAAUUACAACGCAUUCGACGUGAAAUGGAUUCCACGGUCAGCCAAAUUAGUCGUUAUAGGAAGUCAUCCUCGAGGCACUGGGGCACUGCAGGUUUUUGAAAUGAAUGAAGGAUCUUUGAACUUGCUGCACAAUGUAGAACGCCCAAAAGCCCUCAAGUGUGGAACAUUUGGUGCAUCUUCACUUGAAGACAGACACUUGGCAAUUGGUGACUUUGAAGGAAAGUUGGAAAUAAUUGAUAUGAAGGCACCAGAAAUGCCUUUGUAUUCUGUCAAAGCACACAGUGAGAUAAUAAAUGCAAUAGAUGCAGUAGGAGGGCUCAACGUAGGUAAAGGAGCUCCUGAGAUUGUCACUGGAAGUCGUGAUGGAUUAGUAAAAGUUUGGGAUCCACGCCAGAAGGACAAGCCUGUCAUUAAUAUAGAACCAGAAGAUGGACAGGAAAAACGAGACUGUUGGAGUGUAGCUUUUGGAAAUUCUUAUUCUAUGGAGGAGCGAGUGUUGUGUGCAGGAUUUGAUAAUGGUGAUGUUAAAAUGUUUGAUUUACGUAAAAUGAAUAUUUGUUGGGAGACUAACUUGAGGAAUGGUGUAUGUUCGGUAGAGUUUGAUCGUAAAGAUAUUAAUAUGAAUAAGUUAUUAGCAACAACAUUAGAGUCCAAGUUCUUUGUUUUUGAUCUUCGAACACUCCAUGAGGAGAAAGGUUUUACCGGGUGUAUAGAAAAAGGUCAUAAAUCAACAAUAUGGUGUGGGAGAUAUUUACCACAGAAUCGAGAAAUUUUUGUAACCACAGGUGGGAAUGGAUCUAUAAUGUUAUGGAAAUAUUCUUAUCCUGCCUCAAGGUCAAAAAAGCUUAAUGAUGGGUCAGAGGUUGGAGUAGCUGGAAAAAAUGAAUUACUUCAAAACGCAACAAUCUCGGAUCAGCCCAUAGUAAGUUUUGAUUGGUGUGCGGAUAAAAUUGGAUUGAGUGCUUGUGCUGGACUUGACCAAAUGCUGAGGGUCAUCAUUACUACAAAGCUCAAUAAAUUAUAGUAAUAUUUAUCAUUUUUAUUAGAACUUUGUAUGAUUUUAAAAAAAAUUUAUUGUGGUUGAAGGCAUUGUAAUUUAAGGUACAUUUGAAAUCAACUCAGGAACUUAUAUGAUUUUAAGAAUCACAAGAUUUUA